AUGACCACAGCCUCAGUGAUUUUCACCCAAGGUGAUGCUUCAGCACCUACUAGAACCUACUCCUAUAGUAGCCGCCCCCGAGCUGUGCCUGUCAGAAGAAAACCAUAUCCAGACUCCUCAAUAACCAGUGAUCAUGAAGAAGGCUCAGUCCGCUAUGGGAAUCUCAUGUAUGAUCGGAGAGUGGUUCGAGGCAACACAUAUGCUGUUCACACAUUACCUUGGGGUUCGGAACCUGAUCCUGUUGAGAUUCGGAAGCAACGAGAAGCUCACCGGAAAAUGCUUGCCAGAAAGCGAGCAAAGGAAGAGCUCGAAGUCCGUGCUCCAGCGGCUGAGACUGUCCAAAGCUGUUCUGAAGUGCAGUCAGAACUGUACCUGGAAGAGAUUGCAGACCGCAUUAUUGAAGUGGAUAUAGAAUGUCAAACAGAUGCUUUUUUGCUAAGACCAGGCAGCCCACUCUUCAUUCCACAGAAGACUGGGGCUGAUGCAGCUACACAAGUAGAAGAAGGAGAGCUCUUUGACUUUGAACUUGAAGUCAGACCGAUAGUUGAAGUUUUAGUUGGAAAAACCAUAGAGCAAGGUUUGCUAGAAGUCAUGGAAGAAGAGGAACUAACCAAUCUUCAGGCACACCAGUAUGCAUAUCAGGAACUGUACAAUGCGGAGAUAGCAGAAAUGCAGCGCCUUGAAGAACGAGAAAAACGACACCAAGAGGAAAAGGAACGCCGUAAAACACAGCAGGUGACAACCAAUAUAAAGAAUUCAGCAGUCGCAGAGAAAGUUGCAGCUCGGGCUUUUGCUCUCCAGUACCUGUCGAACCUCCUUCCUUCAGUCUUUAAUAAUCUUCGGAAUAAGGGCUUCUUCUAUGAUCACAUAGACAGAGAUGUUGAGAAAGGAUUUCUUCCAUAUUUGAUGGACUACAUAGAAGAGAGAAUGGAGAAGAGACUCCUAGGAAGAAUAAUGACUGACUGCUUAAUUAAUGAUGUGGCCAGAAAGAGGCUGAAUGGCUUCGUUGUAAAUCAGAUUCCUAAUCGCUUACGACGACGACAAAAAUCAGAAAAACCCUACCAUUUAUCUCAGAAGGAUUCAAGCAAACCAUCAGCAUCUAAAAUAUCUGAUCAUGCAGAUACCUAA